AUGGGUUACACAAGUAGUGGGAGUAGUCGAAGAAGGUCAUCUCCCAGUGGAAGUACCUCGAGGGACCACCAUCGUGUAGCAAAGUCACAGGUUUCGUCAAAUGGGCACAACAACUGGUUUAAAUCACUGGAUAGGCUCGCCCACAGGAAGAAAAGUAAAAAGGAGGACCCAAUCUUGACCAGCGGCACAGAGUCUGACCACCCAUCCCCUUCCAAGAAGAAUCUCCGAUUCUUUGGAGACACCGACCUCGAAUCUAACGACAGCAUCCGUCAUAGAGGCGUCCCUCAGAGGUCCAAAUUGAACGGAUUGAGGGGUAGGAGUCAGAGCACUAAGGAACUGCAUAAUAUAUCAGAAGAGAUCAGGGGUACGGAUAUGCUCAGGAGGCGGGAAGGUCAUAGGCCAAGGGAAAUGAGUAGGGAAAGGGACAGGGCAAGAAGGAGGAAAAAUGAAGUUAGCUCUGUUGAGAGCUCGACUGAAGGAGAUAGCAGUCAGCAAUCACAAAGAAGUAUAGUGUAUCUACAUGCUGCAACUGUUGGUGACAUUCCCGGUCCCGCAAAUCUGCGCAACGGCCGUCGAGCAGCUUCUCGAGAAGAGUUAGCCUCAAACUCCUCCAGUCGCAUCCAACCCCAAGUGAAGACCUUGAGCCGCUCCUUCUCGGUGCUGGCUCCCUGGAGACCACGGCACCCCAAGGAGGCCAUGGACAUAGAUUAUGCGCAACAGCCGAGGAAAAAUGGCAAGUACGAACAGAAGGUGACCAGAAAUGGAGGCAGAAAGGACAGCUCAUCUACGCUCAAAAAGAAAGCUCAAGAAUCAAGGAAGAACCAGUCCAGCUCCACACUGAACCGCAGAUCCCGAUCAAAAGAAAACCUUGGGUCCCAAACCCUACGCAGAUCCAAAGAGGAGUUAACGAGAGGCUCCAAUUCGACUCUGUAUAAGAAGAAAGAACGAAUGCCUCGUGAAAAUUCCCGAUAUAAUAGUAGGGAUGAGAAAAAAAUGUCGUCGAAGAGUCUAUCAGUAGAAUCUCUUGGAGGAGGACGGCGAUCAAAAAGUAGUACCGAUUCACGAGAUAUCUCCAGAUCGGUAUCUAUGCCAAGAGACCCAGAAAAGUCAGCAGGAUGGUUCAAAAUGAGCAAGAAAAAGCAUUCUGGGAGCACUCAAAGACUGUGAUUGGACGCUUUCCAACAAUGAUGAAUCAGUGGCGCACUGGGGAUAGACUAUUUAGGCCAAUUUAUCAAUAACCUAGAUCCUCGCCUUCAGAAAUAUUUUAGGAUGUGUAAUGUGAAACAUAGCUAGAACACCUUCUAACACGUGCGAAGCUACAUGCCUUAGAAAAUAUGAAUUAUAAUAACAGUUACGCUAUACCUACGUUGUCUUAUACUUUGUCACGUUAUUUUGACAUCGAAGUCAGUCCUAUGGUAAAAUAGCAUGAUGGAUAAUAACGUAAGUCGUAACGUCAUUAUUUCUAUUCUCCGUUUCACCGAGCAAUCAACAAACAUGUAAAUCCCUUAACUCAUAUGAGUCAGAAAUAUAUAUUCUAAUAUUUCAGGAAGGUACAGAUGGAAAACAAGGUGAAUAAAAAUAACAAAAUCUUCGAUUUGCUAAUCGCAUGAACCUCAUCUAACACAUCAAACCAUAAUUAUCAUCCAGGCAUUCUCGCGGACAUAAUUUCAACCACGCCUGCCGCUAUUUACUCUUAAAAACUUUCCUAGUACGCCACUGAUUAACUUCAACCUGUGCCAUCGACGAAAUAUCGUUCUCUCGCAUUUAAUGACGGUUAAAUUGUGUCCGAGACGAACCUGUUUUCAUUUUGAAGUUGUUAGGUUUUACUAAUGCUGCAUCUUCAAGAAUUAACCUUCUCAGGGAAAAUAAAAAUUAUAAGAAAACUUUGAAAUGGGAUAGAACUCACAAAAAUGUGGGCAUAACACAAGUUUCUCGCAUUCUAAUUUGACUGGACUAUUUUGUAAUUUUACAGCUCAUGAAUUAUAGACAUAGUUGCCGCUUGAUUAAUGGCUAAGUGGCAUCUUAGAAAAGCUCACGUUCAUUGCAUUAUCUCGAUGAACAGACUGUUCCCAGCUGUAAAGAAAAAUGUCAAAAUUGCUCAACUUUUUUGAAGAAUGUAUUUCGUUGGUGCAGUUUCAGUGAAACCCAAUGCAUUUAUUUUUUAUUAAGACGCAGUCAGUGCCUUAUAGGUUAAAAUAACGAAAGAUUCCGUUUUCUUUUCAUUACGUUUCGAAUACCUAGUGAAAAUGAAGCAGGAUCAAGUCAGUCUUUGAAAUUGCAGUAAGACUUCUUUGGCCAGUCUAAAGUUGAAUAUGUUUUGUUAUAAAAAAUAUCUAUUCAAAAUCAGUUCAAUUUUGAAUUUGACUCUGACGCUGACUAAAUGUAAAAACAGUGAUAUAUGCAAUACUCACAGAAUGACUAUUCAAGCGGAAAUGGUUUUAUAAGCCUCACAUCCGGAUUUAGCAAGAUUCUUAUGUAUUUUACGUUCUUUCUACAAGCUCUUUGACUGCAAUGACAUAGCUUAAGAUUUAAAAAACGUGGCUUUUUUCACUCGAAUUGCUACUGAAAUCAAAAAAUUCAGCAGCUUAUAGAGUAAAGCUAAUAUAACUUGUCUAACUUACAGACUAAACAUUCCAAUAUGGUGCUAUACUAGAAUUAUAUUUUUCUAAGAAUCAUAUUUUGUAAAAGUGUAAAUAACCUGAUGAACUGUAAAUGUUUGGGUAAGGUAUUUAAUAUAGACUAAGAUCACAACACGUCACAGUUUUUGUUACCAAAUUACCCACAAUCGAAAAUACUUGGACAUGCAGUGUACCUAAAGAUGUCUCAUAUACGAACUCAGUGUUAUUCUUUUACUCUUCAUACGUCAUAGUCACUAAAAUAUGUUUGUAAGUAUGUGUGCUAUAUUAAAAUAAACUCGUUUAAUACAAAA